AUGGGAAUUCCUAUACUAGAUACGAACCGCGUUAGCAAGCGCAAAUUGGCGUCAAGGAAAGUCUGGACAGAGGUUGUCAAGGAAAAGAUUGUACAGUUAUUCACUGGAAACCAGCUCCUAUGUGAUCCAUUUGCUGAUAAGCCCAAGUCGCCGCAAAACGCCGCUCUACAAAAUGCUCUCGACUGCACCGAAUGCAGAGAUCUGCACAUUAUUCCAUACAUGUUGAAUGCAGACAUUGCUGCCGGAUCAUAUAUCACCUCGGAAUACCCACCUUUCUUUGCUAGCAAAAACACACCAGAUAAUGAUUCUAUAUCGCCCUUCGACGCAGACAUAGUAGUCCACCAAAAUAACAAUGCGACAUUUUGGGAUGAUAUUACGCCUGCCCAACAACAGCGUUACUACGACAAGGUUGAUACCAUUCUAAAGGCCGAGGCUGAGUCAGGAACGCCAAUAGAUGAAGCCACCGUUCUUUUCGCCCACUACCAAGUGGACUUCCAUAUCCGCCAACACUACCUCGCUCCCCGAAGUAUCCUUAAUCUAUGCCGCUCAAAGGAUGAUAUCAGGGCGCUGAACCACUGGCAGUGGAAGUGCGCUGUCGAAGACGAGACAGCAGUUGCAGAAUUCCCCGACUGGGGUGUGGGAUGGAUGCAUGAUCCGAGCAAUUCUAUCGGCCACCAGAUUGCAGCAUGGCGUAUGGGAGAAAGAAGGCGAGAGAAACACAUCGCAGAAGUGAAAGCCCGGUGGGCCGAGAUCAUGGACGAGAGACAAGACCAGAGAAUGCGGACAGUCAAAAUUUUCUACAAGGGCGUGCAUGUUAGGACUUGCAAGUAUGAGCCAUGUGAACCGCGUUUGACAGAGAAGGAGAUUAUGGAUAUUGCCGGAGAAAAAGGUGCACGCCAUGAGGCCUUUUUGAUCGCUUCGUCGUGUACUACUUUAUAG